AAUUGCAAAAUUAUUGUAAGGGGAAAAUGGAGGAGAUCCGUGAGGUUGCUAAAGCUUAUUACGUAAACUUGACAAAGCAGCAGCAGGAGAAAGCCCAGGAUGAUUUCAAAAAUAUGAAGAUGGAAAACAAUAAGAGCAUGAGCCUAAAUGAUUUCUUGGAUUUCGUCCUGCAAGACAAUUAUCCAAAAAGUGUUGCUUGUUCUUUGUUCAAGGAUCUAGACGUAAAUGAUGAUGGCAGCCUGGAUUUCGACGAGUUUAUCACCUUGUUCUAUCUGUAUCAAAGCAAGAGGCUAUUGUAUUGUCGUGGCUGCGAAACGUUUCUUAAUGGACUCUAUUUCACUUGCAUCAAAUGCUUUGAUUCCACCAAUAAUAGCUACGACCUCUGCUCCUUGUGUUACCGGAAAAAAAAUAUUCAGCAUGACCAUGGAGAUGCAGUCUUCUUGGACAACUACGCUUUACUCCGCCGGAACAUCAAACGCUCAUCGGAAACGGCAGUAGACCCAGUUCAGGUUGAAAAGGAUGAAAAUGAAGGUCAAUAUGUCUCUGAAUUAUCGGAUCAUCAGGAAAACAUUGCAACUGAAGCAGAUUUAGAUGACUCCAAUUACCAGGAAAAAAUUACAAAUCAAACUGUUUCAAACGUACAACGUUACGGGAAACGCGAGCGAAUCCGCAAGUUAAUGUCAACACAAGCUGCAAACAUCACAUCAAAAGUAGCAGGCAGCAUCUCAAAGGCUACUGAUAGUUCCGAAUAUUGCAGUGUCAUGUGAAGGAUUCAUUGGUUUGUUUUGUGAGUCAUGUCUUCAGAGAGGGGAAUAAAGCAGCAAGUUGGCUAGCAAAGUAUGCUGCGAUAGGUCAUCGUAUGGAGUGUAAAGUGAUUGGGGAAGUGCCGAGGUUGCUGAGAGGUUUAAUCCGCUUGGAUAAGCUGGGUCUUCCCUUUUUACGCUGCUGCUAACGCAGCCAGUUUUUUUUUUUUAAUUGCUUAUGGUUUUUGUGGUUUGGUUUUGUGUUGUUUUAUUUCUUGCGUGGGCAAACUUUGUUUUGCAGGUUGUUUGUGUGUUUCUUAUGCUUUUGCUGCAUUUUUUUCUUUUGGUUAUUCUGGACUUGUUUGUAUUGUGGUUUUAUGGUUUUAGUAUUUUGACACCUGGGUAUUGAUCUUAUUGAAUUAUCUGUAAUCCCCAGGUGUCUGGUUUGUAAUCACGGUUUUCCUCCACCACAAGUGAGGGCAAUCAAUAAACUUGGGGUACCGUCCUCUUCCUAAAAAAAACAUAAAA